UGGCGAGAGAGAGAGAGAGAGAGAGAGAGAGAGAGAGAGAGAGAGAGAGAGACAGAGAGAGAGAGAGAAUGAUAGACGGCGGGAAUAGCAGCACCAGCACACAGGGGACGGCAGGCCAUAUCGGCGUCACCGUCCACACACAAGCUGUUCCAGGUGGCGGCACGCUCCCAUCAGCGGCGUCGCCCAUGCCGGCAGCCCAGGUGGCUGUUCUAGGUGGCGGCACGGUCCCGUCAGCGGCAUCGGCCAUGCCGCCAGCCCAGGUGCCUGUUCCAGGUGGCGGCACGGUCCCGUCAGCGGCAUCGGGCAUGUCGCCAGCCCAGGUGCAUGUCGACGACGAUAGCGGAAGUGCAGGACGGGGCUCAAACGCAGUUGCUCUUGAUGAGCUAAACGGCGGUUGGGGUGUGGUUGCCACCCAUGGGCCGAUCAGAUGGGCGGAGAUCGCCGCCACGUACAGCCACUUCGAUUCGUGGUCCAACCCUCCCCCGCCUAAUGGGUAUUUGAUGUUGUCACCAACGUCCGAUGAAGACACGGGGAGCGAUAACGAGGACGACGACGAGGCGGGGAGCGAUGGCGACGACGACGACGACGAGGCGGGGUUUGACGGCCACGACGAGGUGGGGAGUUCAUUUUUGUAAAGACUUUUUCGUGUUGCGAUGGUGUUGUAUGGUGAUGAUGAUGACGGUGACGUUAACAACGACAUUGUCACGCUGAUGAAUCCUGAAAUGGUCGAACACCAGUGUACUUUUAUGUUUUCAUUCUUUGUUCUGUUUUUAUACACAGACACGCUGUUUUCAUAUUUUGUAUAGUUUACAACACCUUUUCGUUCCCUCGAGUGUGCGCGGUGAUUUGGUGGUUCCCACGAGGGCUGACAGUUUCGUUGUGAGGGGAGAGAGACAGAGUGAUCGACAACGGAGAGGGAGAGAGAGAUUAGGACGAUGGCACGACGUCCAUUUAUGUUUUUGUUAUAAUGGAUCAACGAUCGUUAAGGGCGGCUAUUUUUUUUUAUUAUUAUUAUUUUUUUUUAAUGUGUGGUGAAAACAAAAAAAAAAUAUGAAGGCAGGCUGCGGCGACACAGUCUGUCUGCGAAUGCACAUGUGAGCGACUAAGCACAAAUGAAGAGUCUUCACCCGC